ACACCUAUGUUCUUCUUUCUUCGUCAUCUUAUUCUCACCACUGCUUCCAGUUAUUACCCUGUGGAUGACAUUGCUGUCAACUGUGGCUCUUCCGGAAACUCAAUUGCCUUCGAUGGCCGGGAGUGGACUGCAGAUAUCAGAUCAGAUGGCAAAUCAAUGAGCUCAAAAGUUCUCCAAUCCCUUUCUGUUGAUCCUAUCCCCUACACGAGUGCUCGGAUUUCCCGCUCUGAGUUUGCCUAUACUUUCCAAGUCAGUCCAGGCCAAAAAUUCAUCCGCCUGCAUUUCUAUCCAGCAUCAUACUCGGGUUUCAAAAAGUCUAGAGCUGUUUUUACAGUAAAAGCUGGAGCAUACACCCUUCUCAACAACUUCAGUGCUUCCCUUACGGCUGAUGUGCUGGGGUUGAAAUCUUUUGCUAAAGAGUUCUGUGUGAAUGUGGAAGAAACUGAAGCACUCAAUAUAAUUUUCUCUCCAUCGCCUAGUACUUCAAAUGAUAUGUAUGCUUUUGUCAAUGGCAUAGAAAUCAUCUCCAUGCCAACUGGUCUUUAUUACACUCCUCAUGGUGAUCCAGGGGCUCAUGUUGUUGGCCAGAAAUAUCGAUUCCAUAUUGAUAACAACACUGCACUUGAGUUGGUACAUCGCUUAAAUUCCGGGGGGAGCUCCAUUUCAUCUGUAGAAGAUUGGGGCAUGUUCAGAAGGUGGUCAGAGGAUUCGAAUUAUUUGUUGGAACUGGGUGUUUUACCAGUUACUACGUCCAUUCCAAUCAAGUACACAAACAUCCCAAUGUAUACAGCUCCGCAGAGAGUUUACCAAACUGCUUGGUUAAUGGAUCCGAACAAGCAAGCAUGCAAUCUUACAUGGAAAUUACCUGUGGAUUUGGGAUUCAGGUACCUGGUUAGGCUUCAUUUCUGUGAGCUUGAUUAUGGGAUAAAAGAGGUAGGCCAAAGGGAGUUUAGUAUCUUCAUAAUCAAUAAGACUGCUGAGGCUCGUGCAGACCUGAUCAAAUGGAGUGGCGGAAAUGGGGUUGCAUUGUAUAGGGACUAUGUGGUGAUGAUGGCUGGUAAUAGAAUGGAAGGAAAGUCUGACCUGCUCAUAGUUUUACAAGCUUGCUACAAUGAGUCAAGGUCCAAAUACCAUACUAGUGCAAUCCUAAAUGGAAUAGAAGUGUUCAAGUUGAGCAACCCUGACAAUAAUCUUGCUGGCCAGAAUCCCAAUUCUCUUGCACAUUCUCCUGCCUUGACCACCCCAAAGCUCCAGAAAUUAAUAAUAGCCUUUGGCAAUAAAAAUGUGAUCAUAAGUGGUCUGAUCAUUUUGCUAAGUUCCUUGAAUGUCAUUGUCUAUCAAUUGCGUUGUUGGGCAGAGAGAGCCGAUCAAAAAGAUAGAUCUGAAUCAUCAAAGCCAAAGGAAUCGUGCCGCUGUUUUUCACCUAGUGAGAUUCAACUUGCGACCAACAAUUUUGAUGAUGCCUUGAUAAUUGGCAUUGGUGGAUUUGGUAAGGUGUACAAAGGGCUCAUUGACAAAGGAGCCACCACUGUUGCAGUGAAGCGCUUGAAGUCAAUGUCCAAGCAAGGGGCUGAGGAAUUCUGGACAGAGAUCAAGAUGCUGUCCUAUCUCCGACACACUCAUCUUGUCACUCUGAUUGGAUAUUGCAAUGAUAGUAACGAAAUGAUCCUUGUCUAUGAGUAUAUGGUCAAUGGGACACUCGCUGAUCAUCUCCACAAAAUGAGUACAAAUGGCAAUGGAAGAAUUUCUCCUCUAUGUUGGGAGCAACGACUAAGCAUAUGCCUUGGGGCUGCACGUGGAUUGGAGUACCUUCAUACUGGUGCCCAGCAUAGGGUCAUACACCGCGACGUGAAGACCUCUAAUAUUUUGUUGGAUGAGAAUUGGGUAGCUAAAAUUUCAGAUUUUGGGUUAUCUAAAAUGGGUGGGAACACCACAAACCAGUCAAGCACCUAUGUGAUCACGGAAGUUAAAGGCACAUUUGGGUAUUUGGAUGUGGAGUAUUUCUUGACUCAUAGACUGACCAGAAAAUCGGAUGUGUAUGCUUUUGGAGUGGUAUUAUUUGAAGUGCUAUGUAGUAGGGCAGCAGUGGAUAAGAGAUUUGAGGGAGAAGAACGCAGCCUAGCACUUUGGGCCCAGCGCUGCAUCAAAGAAGGAAAACAUGAUCAGAUGAUUGACUCGAGCAUAAAGGGGCAAAUUUCACCGCAAUGCCAGAAGGUCCUUCUGGAAGUUGCCAACAAAUGCUUACAUAAUCGUCCAAGUGAGCGGCCUAGAAUGUCAGAUGUGGUGCAGAGGCUUGAGUUUGCACUAGCAUCACAGGACCAGAAUGCAUAUUCUUCUACAGAUACAGAGGUUGAGCAGGAGGAGGCCAUUAAUGUUAGUGUGGCUGUCAACAUGUCAAUUGAUACGAUUACGGAGGGGGAGGAGGAGAAGGGGAAGGGAAAUGAAGAAGAGGUGGUUGAUGUUGAUGUGGCUGACAUAAACAAGGUUGAUGUGAUUAAGCAAUCGACUGUUUCUCAGCAACCUAUGGACUCCCCUGUAUUGAUAACAGAUAGUACACCUAGUAUGCCCAAGGAAAAAGCUAACAAGAAAAGUCUAACCAAGUUUGUUCAGAGUAUUGUACGAUGGAGAAAGACAAAGGCCAACAAUUCUAGUGAUGGAUCAUCACUCUCUGGAGGCAUGUCAACAGCCAAAGAAAAACCUUCCCAAGCAUUGCCAGAAAGUUCAUGCAGUUCUCCACCUUUACCAGCACUGCCUGGCCGUUCUUUUUCACUUGCUGAGAUCCAUGAAGCCACAAAUAACUUUCACCGUAAUCUUGUUAUCAAGUACGGUGGUCCUGGCGGUGAGAUGUACAGAGGUUAUAUUGACAACGGAGGACUUCAGGUUGCAAUUGAAAGGCGUAUAACAGAGUCAGAGAACAAGUUUCUUGAAGAGGUUGUGAUGCGCUCUCGGAUCCAUCACCUCCAUUUGGUUACUUUCAUUGGAUACUGCGAGGAUUCUGGUGAGACAAUCAUCGUGUAUGAGUACAUGGUGAAGGGAAGCCUUCGUGAUCCGCUCUAUGGAAGAGGACCAAGAGAUAACGAUCCUCUUCCGUGGAAAAAGAGACUUGAGAUCUGUAUUGGAGCUGCACAAGGACUACUGUUGCGGAAGAUAAUGUAAUUCAAAACAGAAAGGAGGUUAGAGCAAUAUAUAAUUAAACCAAAAAGAUAUCGAACAAAUCAGUCAAGAACAUGAUAGAACAAGAGAAACUCCCUGUAAAUAACUUGUCAAGGCUUAGAUCUGGGCCAGUCCAGAUUAUACCACCCAGGUAACACCAAAAUAGGGACACCAAGCCUCACGGAAGCUCACAAGGGACAAGCCACACAAGACCCCAAAUCGGAACCCUAAACCCUCUCGGCCAGUACACCAAUCUUCUCCCAAAACCACAUAGGUAACGUUCACCACAAGAUCCACCAAGGAACAAGAACGAUCACAGAGAUAUGAGACGAAGAACAGUAUCCGAGAGCUUACCCCAAACGAAUCUGUCGCGCCAAGUAAAUAGAGGCUACUCACCGACCGACCAUCGGCUUCCCAAAGGAAAGGAAGAUCACUCCAAGAAGAUGAGAUCUGACCGAAGAAGGAAAGAACUAGCUUACGGAUCUCAGACAUCGAAGGAAAGGAUCGGGAGAGCAAAUAGAAGAAGAGAGAGAGAGAGAGAGGCCGCCGAAUG